CUCUUUCGAUCGCGUUUACGUUCGACUGUCAUUUUCGCGCUGCGAAGUCACUCCUCAGCAAGCGGUCUGCUCGAAGAGCAGGCGUCUGUCUCGGGAGCUGCGAACAGGGUUUUAGAACUCGCAUCUGUAGAUUAUUAGAGCCAUGGCGGCCCCGGCGUUGCCCAUGAAGCCUGGAAAGGUCGGAGUCGAGGAGGCCGCCGAGACGGUGCACCGAAUCCGCAUCACCUUGUCGUCCAAGAAUGUGAAGAACCUCGAGAAGGUUUGCGCCGAUCUCAUCAAGGGAGCCAAGGACAAGAGGUUGAAAGUCAAGGGGCCAGUUCGCAUGCCUACCAAGGUGAUGCGCAUCACCACCAGGAAGUCUCCUUGUGGUGAGGGAACCAACACCUGGGACGGAUUCGAACUGAGAGUGCACAAGCGUGUUAUUGACUUGCACAGCCCCUCGGAGGUUGUGAAGCAGAUCACUUCCAUCACCAUCGAACCAGGUGUCGAGGUCGAGGUCACUAUCGCCGAUGUGUAAACAUGUCCCUGAGGUUGGACCUUUAGGCCUCACUCUCUAAAUAUUGGCUGUAGCGAGAAGGCUCACUUUCAUUACAAAUCUUGCUCUCCACCUGAUAGCUGUUGGUUUUAGGUAACAGUGUGUAAGGCAUCGAGUUUUUAUUCCAAUGGAAUGACAUUUCACUCCACUUUUCACUUUUGUGGAUACAUUGUGUU